UAGCUAUUCAAUGAUUCAGUGAAUAUCAAAAUAAUAUCAGGUUUUCCAAUUUCCAGUUGUGAAUUAUUGUGAUCAAAUAAAUAAUUUUUAUUUGCCUUAAUUGUUUUUUGUGACUUGAGAGCAUUUGUCAUUGUGUAUUUAUAGAAUAAAGGCUUUAGAAGAACGAAUUCUUGAUUCAAUUACUAAUUAGGACAUUCGCCGUGCAAGAUGACUACAACAGCGAAUGAAAAUUCCGAGGAAAGACGACGACGGGUUUUAUUGGGGCCUCUCCCAGAUAGUUUCUUGAGAACAGACUCUGGGCCAGAUACACUGGAUGCAGACUACCAAGCAGCGCUGGCGCUGCAACAACAGCUAUGUGGUGCCGCGCAACCAACAGGAGGCCCACCCCUUACAGCAAGACUCAGUGUCACAAUAGUGCAGGCCAAAUUAGUAAAGAACUACGGUCUGACCCGUAUGGAUCCGUAUGUCCGCGUCAGAGUCGGGCAUUGUAUAUACGAGACCCAGACUGACCCCAGCGGUGGUAAGACUCCGAAGUGGAACAAAAUUAUACAUUGUCUUCUUCCGCCAGGAGUGAACUCCGUCUACUUGGAGAUAUUCGACGAGUGCUCGUUCACCAUGGACGAACUGAUAGCGUGGACCCACAUCACCAUACCGACUGCUGUUCUAAAUGGCGAGACCCACGAGGACUGGUAUCCGUUGAACGGCAAACAGGGCGACGGCGUGGAAGGAAUGAUCAAUCUGGUUCUCAGCUAUUCGGUUGGUCCGGCUACUGUGGCACCGUUCCAACCAAUGCUAGUAGUACCCAGCACCGGCAUGGGGUACGCCGCUAUGCCGGUGUACCCUCAGCCACAACAGUACCCUAUGGCGCAGCCACAACAGUACCCUAUGGCGCAACCACAACAGUACCCUCACCCACAACAGCAGCCUCCACAGCUUACUGAAGAACAACUCCAACAGAUCCAAGAAAUGUUCCCGAGUAUCGACAAGGACGUGAUAAAGUCUGUUGCCGAAGCGAACCGCGGCAACAAAGAGGCCACCAUCAACUCUCUACUGCAAAUGUCUGAAUAGAAGACUAUUAAUAUUUAGAUGGAGCGUUGCUUGUUAGCUGUAUGUAAUCAAUAAGGUUUUGCUAGCCAAGCAUAAUACGUUGUAAAGACGCCUUUCAUGUGAAUUAACAAUAACGGGCUAUAAAGAAAUAUUUUUGGUAGUUUCAAGCGACAUCAUUACGAAAAAUUUCGCAAUCAUGAUUCAUAAAUCUUCAAAAUUUAUAGUCUAUAAUAUACCUAAGUCGUGGAAACCUUGACGUUUAAUAUUAGAUAAUAUUGGAGAUGUGUUAAAAUUUGCUAGUUUUGUACUAGCAAUAGAAAUUCUAUGUUUUAUCAAUCUUGUAUAGUGCCUAGAGUAUUUAUGUAACCAUUAACCUCUAAUAUGUCUACGGCGCGCCCGCAGAAGCCUUCUGAUGAGCUGUUUUGGCGCUAAACCCGGCGGUACCACUUGAAAAAUGAUACCCACUUGUGUUUAUAAUACUCGAGGUCUCGUUAUUCGGUUCAUGUUACGGGUUGCUAUUUUAGCUUCGUUAUUGUAUCGCCGCUCGUAGAGAGGGUAUGGGAGCUUCAGCCGGUUUUUUAUAUAGGUAUAUAGCAACACAUUGCUCCAUCUAUUCGCUACCUGAUCUGUGUUACCCGUGUAUACAUGCAACACACGCCUUAAACAAAAAUAUUAUGUAUUUAAUAAAAAAUGAAAGAUAUAUAUUGAUGCAGUUUGCUUAGCAAUAGCUAUAAUUUUAUUAUUACUAAAAUUUAUAAGAUAAUAUUCAACUACGUUAGUAUCGAUGGAAUUUUUUUAUAUUAUUAUUAUUCUUACCCAUGUUUCCCGGCCUGUGCUUAACAACAGCUACGUGCCCCGUACCACAAGACGUCGCAAUAAUUAAGCGACAGUCGUCAAUCAAAUUUUUGAUAAUAUUCAUUAACUCUCUCCAGAUAGUCUAAAUAGAAAACAUGAAAAUUGAAUCGAUAAACCAAACCUUCAUACUACGAUGUGUUUUUAUUUAAUAUAAUAAUUAAUUAUCCUUCUUAUUGAUUACUAAACAAUGCCUUAAAACGAAUACUGUAUAGAUUAGCGAUGCCGUUUGCUUAGUUAUAGCAAGAAUUUUGAUAAUAUUAAUGUUUAAAAGAUUAUAUCCAGCUGUAUACUUAUAGGUAUAUUAAUAAAUAGCAAAAAUUAAAAUAAUUUGCACUAUAUUCUAUCCAACAUUCCAGUUAACGUAAAUACAUUAAUUAUAAUUCUCAUCACAUUAAUUGUCUAUAUCAAAUUAUAAUGUAUUCAUUUCUUAUUUGUGAUAUUAAAAUGUAAUAUUAUGUCGAAUUUUAAUUCAAGCUUUUUAUCAAUGAAUUUGUGCCAAAUAAUGGCAUGUGUUUUAUUGGAUUUGUAUUUAAUUGUAUUAUAAGUAUACUUUGUGUUAUAUUUUGUUUAUGAAUAAAUUAUUGAAAAUA